UAAGCAAACUCUUUUUUCUUUUUCAUGAAGGCUGCAUCAGGCCCACUCAGGGAAGCUGUGUGGGAGAAGCCGCAGCACCCGUUAGCAGACAAGCUGAUUUCUUUUCCCUUUUAAAAAUCUUUCACAGCUUUGGGAAAUAACCCUUUCUAACCUCCCAGAAGAAAAGAAAACGGAGAACUUUGGAAUUCCAGAUGGCUAAUGAAGAAAAACCAUGCCCUUGUGACAUUGGAGACAAAUUUGAAUAUGAAGGGCACGGGCAAGAAAUUUCUGUUGGGCACAUCAAGGCCUACAUCAACAAGCCCUCCCACAGCACAGACAAAGCUGUGAUUGUGAUUCAUGACAUUUUUGGAUGGCAGCUACCAAACACAAGAUACAUAGCAGAUAUGCUCGCAUCCCAUGGAUAUACAGCAAUUUGUCCAGACUUUUAUAAGGGACAAGAAGCUUGGAAGCUAUCUAAUGAUUGGUCUGCAUUCGAUGACUGGCUAAAAACACGAGAUUCCAAGAAUAUCAACAAGGAAACGGAUGUUGUCUUGCAGUAUCUGAAGGAACAAUGUAAUGCAAAGAAGAUAGGUGUCAUUGGAUUUUGUUGGGGUGGAGCUGCAGUACAUCAUCUGAUGUUGAAAUAUUCUAUCUUUAAGGCGGGCGUAUCCAUCUAUGGAGUGAUCAAAUUUACAGAGGACAGUUGCAACCUGAUGAACCCCACCUUUUUCAUUUUUGCAGAGAAAGAUGAAGUAAUUCCUCUUGACCAAGUCACUGCCCUUGAACAGAAGCUGAAACAGCAAUGCAAAGUUGAUCAUGAAGUGAAAAUAUAUCCUGGACAAACUCAUGGUUUUGUACAUCGUAAAAGGGAAGAUAUUAACCCUCAAGACAGACCUUACAUUGAAGAAGCAAGGAAGGACAUGCUGAAUUGGCUGAGUAGAUACAUCUAACUGUCUAUUCAUCCAAAAACGCAUCAUGGAAAAAUUAGUGACAAGGAUAUGCUUUUAAAAUUUCCGGAAGGAAACAUUUGUAACAUUUAACAUUAAAAUAUACCACAGACUUAAUCUAUUUGCCCCAAAAUAUCCUUCCUCAUGCACACAAAUGCGCAAACAGACCCAUCUGCUGGUGGUGAUAGCAACAGCUACCUGACUUUGCUCCAUUCAGCAACCUGUGCCUGAGCAGUUCACUGCUCACUAAUCCUCUCCCUUAGGCACUAGGAUGCUCAGCUGGUGAACCUCAGGGCAGGAGUAGACUUCAGUGUGUCUGCUGCACUACCCAUCUCUCAGCCAGCCAAAGAUGAACAACAUUUCGCCUGUUGUUUUGCCUCUUCCUAGUCCUGAGUCACUAUCACCACUCAACCAAGCCAUUGUAGAUUUAGCUAGUUAGGGAGGUAUCAUGAGCUGAGCUACUGCCACUGCUUACAAGUAGACCAUGCCCAAGAAGAGAGAAAGUGUGUGAGAGACAUACAGUAGCUAUUGCAAAUGGCAGGUCCUGCUCUUCCCCUACCAGAGUACAGUGCAUAGUCCUGAAACAUAAAGAAAUAACGUUUGGUAUAAAUUUUCUAUGCUGAUUCCUCUAUUCAAUAAAGUUUUAAAUUGAAUUGCA